GUAGGUGAUGAGUUGCUGCAGAUCAAUGGUUUCAUGACGGCGGGGAUGUCGCAUCGCCGGGCUGUGGAAAUAAUCCAGGCAGGUGGUAAUAUGAUCCGCCUUGGUGUUCGACGUUCCUUCCCACCACCAACUGGUGAGUUAAAGAAUCCAGCUGUACCAUCGCCGCUGUCACCACCUCCACUCUCUUUCCAACCUUUCGGCCCGAUGCCACCCGCACCGUCUCCAGGCCCCGUGGUGCCUCCACCACCAAAUCCCCACUCACCGCAGUUCUUCACUCCUCUGCCCGUACACAAACCAUCUAUUGCAUCCCGCCCUCUUCUCUCUUCAGCUCCCAACGCGCGACUUGCUAAAUUGCCAGUUUUUGUUGAUGGUGAGCAAGAACAUAAGCAUGCGCAACAAUGCUCCACUACUCUUAAGAAGAGAGACAGAAAUCCUGGGAUUGUUGCAGCAAUCUUACCGUUUUACGCUUUUGGAAUUUUUGUCUAUUUCGUUUACACCAUCGUCAAGCUAUUAAACAAUCGCUGGAAAUUUGGCCCAAAGAAAAAGGAGAAACACCUAAAAGACUACUACCAUAAUUUUCACUAUAUUCCUGGAAAGGAGAAGUUUAAAAUGGACAGCAACUCCUCGGAGGACGAAUGUGUUAAUGGAUCGCUACGUAAAAUCGAGACUUCUUAUAAAUAUUCCUUUCAAUUUCUAGAUGAAUUGGGAUGGUCACGUAAUACGGAAGGCUCCAAGACAACACCCAAUGUCUAUCGCUCAGUUUCAGAUGACACGGAGAUAACGCGAUUACGAAUUCGCCUGGAACAGAUGGAGUGUGAGAUGACUCGUCUUCUGGAAGCUGUGAGCAAUUCGGCCACUUUUCUUGCGCAAACUCAGGCUACGGGGAAUGAAAGUGGGACGACGAAUGGGCAGUCUGCUGAUAACCAUAGCGACGACAGCGAGACACUCUACUCUGCUGAAGAAAACUGA